AUGCUGCCCCAGACCCCGGACACUGCCAUACUAUACAAGCCCCAGACCCCUGACACUGCCAUACCAUACAAGCCCCAGGACCCAGACACUGCCAUACUAUACAAGCCCCAGACCCUAGACACUGCCAUACUAUACAAGCCCCAGACCCCUGGACACCGCUAUACUAUACAAGCCCCAGACCCCAGACAUCGCUAUACCAUAUACAAGCCCCAGACCCCAGACACUACCAUACUAUACAAGCCCCAGACCCCUGGACACUGCCAUACUAUACAAGCCCCAGACCCCAGACACUACCAUACUAUACAAGCCCCAGACCCCGGACACUGCCAUACUAUACAAGCCCCAGACCCUGGACACUGCCACAUAAUUAUACAAGCCCCAGACCCCAGACACUGCCAUACUAUAUACAAGCCCCAGACCCCUGACACUGCCAUAUCACUAUACAAGCCCCAGACCCCAGACACUGCCAUACUAUACAAGCCCUGA